CACAUGUUGGGUGUGUUGUGUUGAGGAUUGCAGCGAUAUUACAGUAUUAAGCAAGUCUCCGCGUGCUGUCACGUUGCUCUUUGCUUUCUACUUAACACAGUGACAAUGCGAUAAGUGUCGCAGUCAAUGAUACGUACUAUAAAAUCUGAUAUAUUGUCUAAAACACUCGGUGGGGAGGCUUGCACGCGCCCCUGCGUGGCUGCAAACGGCUGCUGUUCGGUCUAAAGGCUUUGAGGCUCGCCGUCCGCCACCAUGAGCUCCAAGGUGUGUAGGAACUGCGGCAGCUCGGACAUCGACGUGGACCAUGCCCGCGGCGACGCCGUCUGCAUGACCUGCGGCUCGGUGCUGGAGGACAACAUCAUCGUGUCCGAGGUGGAGUUUGUGGAGACGGGAGGCGGCGGCUCGUCGGCUGUCGGACAGUUUGUUUCUGCUGACGGUGGAAAUUUCAACCCAUCUUUUGGAGAUGGCCACCACACAGGGAUGGGGAGGGAGUCAAGAGCUAAGACGCUGCAGAGAGCGCGACAGAACAUCAACACCCUGGGUCACCAGCUGCAGAUGAACCAGCACUGUCUGGACACGGCCCUGAACUUCUACAAGAUGGCUCUCAUGAAACACCUGACCACCGGCCGCAAGUCGGCCCACGUCGUUGCUGCAUGUCUCUACCUGGUCUGCCGCACCGAGGGAACGCCACACAUGCUGCUGGACCUCAGUGAUCUCCUUCAGGUGAAUGUCUACGUACUGGGAAAAACCUUCCUUGUUCUGUCCAGAGAGCUCUGCAUCAACGCCCCGGCUAUAGACCCGUGCCUGUACAUUCCCCGCUUCGCCCAGCUGCUAGAAUUUGGGGAGAAGAACCACGACGUGUCCAUGACAGCCUUGAGGCUGGUGCAGAGGAUGAAGAGGGACUGGAUGCACACGGGACGAAGGCCGUCGGGACUCUGUGGAGCAGCUCUUCUCGUUGCCGCUCGCAUGCACGACUUUUGCCGCACUAUCAAAGAAAUUGUCAGCGUUGUAAAAGUGUGUGAAAGCACGCUAAGAAAAAGACUGAUAGAGUUUGAGGACACACCCACCAGUCAGCUGACCGUCGAAGAGUUCCUGAAGACCGAUCUGGACCAAGAGUGUGACCCGCCCUGCUUUACAGCCGGACUGAGGAAGAAAAAAGUCCAUCAGCUGGAGAUCGAGCUGAAGAAGAACAUGGAUGACGUUGAAGAUGAAAUUCAAGGCUUCCAGGAUGAAAUAGACUCAGAGCUUCAGAACAAUCGACCCAAACUUAGAGGAGUCUACGCCGCCUACGCUAAAGAAGACGGUGAUAAGGACGACGGCAACACCCUCUCCACAUCGUCUAAGACAGACCCAGACUGUAAGGAACAAGAGGAGGAAGACGUGCUUCAGGCCGUGGCCAAGCACUUUGGCAAAGACCUGGACGAGCUGACGCUGGAGGCCCUGCUGAAACUGGAGCGGAAGAGACCAGAGGAGGAAGAGGAGAACCAGGAGGAGGAUGUCCCGAAGCGAAAAGCCCCGUCGCUGGCGUCCAUCCUGGGCCAGAUGCCCACAGCAGCCACUCUCGGCCUCCCCGAGUCCAUCGGCAAAUGCUUUGGAGACGGGAAGGAGAACGAUGGGGCUGCUGACAGUGGGGAGCUGGACCUGAGUGGGAUAGAUGACCGUGAGAUAGAGCUGUAUCUGCUGAGUGACAAAGAAAUCAAAGUGAAGACGGCGCUGUGGAUGGCAGAAAACUCUGACUACCUCAAAGAGCAGAGAGAAAAGGAAGCAAAGAUAGCGAAGGAGAAAGAGCUCGGGAUCUACAAAGAAAAGAAGCGCAGAGGACCCAUCAAGAGGCACCCCCCAAUCCGAGCCAACACCGCGGACGAGGCCAUCGAGAAGAUGCUGGAGCAGAAGAAGAUCUCCAACAAGAUUAACUACGACGUCCUGAAGGACCUCUACAUCAAGCCGGGCGCUAGCCCGGCUCGCCAGGCCGAGACCCCGAAAAAGGAGCCGUCUGCCACCAAGCUGACGGGACGCAACCGCCAGCCCGCACGGGCUCCACUCAGCCUCAGCACGCCGCUCAGCACCCUGGGAAAAAGGUUGCAGCCGUUCAUCAGCGGACAGCCCAACAAGAAGCUGGCUGUGGAGCAGAUUGCCAACCCCAACCCCCUGCCGGUGGCAGCGGGAGCCCCCGCCAGCGGGGCGGUGGUGGUGGUGGAGAGCGGCCCGGUGGUCUACGACGAUGCAGCUGGUGAAGAGGAGGAGGAGGAGGAAGAGGAGGCUUGUGUCAGCGCCAUGGAGCUGCUGGGCAGCAACGAAUAUGGAAGUGAUGGCGAUUACGAAGAUUGAUUCUAGCAGUGGUCUUUGCUGGGUUAUUACCCCAACUAGUACGGACUAUUUUGAAUCCUGAAAGUGUAUCACAUGUUUACUACCGGGGACACACAAUGGCUACAGGUUGGUGGUUGUGUAUGCAAGAAGCUGGAAACAUCCAGCUUUUGUCUUGUCUCAUUUGGCAUCUUGCCUGGACUGAACUGGGAGGACGCACUACAUGGAUGCUGACAAAGAUGGUGAAGUGGAAAUAAAGGGAUACAGGUAUAUUAAUUAGUGUGGGUCACAGGCCGCCUGUGGAGGUAAUACUGCAAAAUCAAAUGUAGGAAACAUUUCAGUGAGCUUUGAGUUGUGGAUUUACACGUCAGACCUUAUAACAUAGAAAAGGGCUAAACGUUUGGAUGACUAGACUCCAUGUAUCUGUUGAUUCAACAGCAUUGAAAUUACUAUAUUUUAAUAAUAAUAAUAGUAAGGGCCUCAUUCACACAAAUAUAGUCAUUUAAAUGCUGCUGAGCCAACCGUGUUAUGUCUAAAAAAAUAAAAAAAGCCUGGUCUUAAAGGGAUAGUUCAGAUGUUUGUUCAGUGUGGCUGUAUGAGCUACUUCUCCAUAGUCGGUGUAUAAGUUACAGUAGAUGGGGGUCGGCCCUCCCCCAGGUUGGAGAAGCAGACAGGAGUACCGACAUGGAAGAUAAGCAACGUCCUGAUGUGGACGGGGGCAGCAGAUAAACACAUUUAGACACCUAAAACAUCUCUAUCAGUUUAAGUGGACGCUAUAUUUAGAGUACUUUCAGGCAUUUUACCUCGCAGAACACAGAAGUUGCUGCUCUACCGCUGCCUCCAUCGGUUAGUUAGUUAGUGUUAUUGUGUGACUCUGAACUAACUCGCUCUAAAAACACCAAAGUCACACAUUGACACAAAUGAUUGUUUUUGUCUAAAGAGUCUGGAGGCUUCAAAGAGAGAAGAGAUAACGGCUUCAGUUCCCCAUCGUAAAGGGUUGUCUUUUUUUUUUUUAUUAUUCUAAAUAUAGCGUCCACUUAAACUGAUAGAUGUUUUAGGUGUCUAAAUGUGUUUAUCUGCUGCCCCCGUCCACAUGGAUGGAUGUUGCUUAUCUUCCAUGUCGGUACUUGUGUGUGCUUCUCCAAACUGGGGAGGGCCGACCCCCAUCUACUGGAUCUAACACACUGGCUAUGGAGAAGUAGCUCAUACUGCCACACUGCAUAAGAUCUGAACUAUCCCUUUAAGCUAGAUGUCUUUUGUCCUGCAAAAUACCAUAUCAGUGUUUUCUGUGGAGCACUUUUUAUUUUAACAACUGUAUCUCCUCUGGAUCAAACCUUGUCUCACUGUGGUUUAUGUCGGUGUAAUGUAGCAAAGAUAGAGUCAAACAAAAUGCAAAACAUAUCCUUGGACUUGCACUUUGCAUUCAUAACACUCAAAUAUUUACUAAAGUGCUUCCUGAUACCUAAUUCUGUCACAAAGCUAGUAUUCCAUACUGCUCAACCGUGACAUGUACUUAAAAACAAGCAUCUAACAAUCAGGUAGCGUAAGAUCAAUCAACCUCACGCUCAGAUCAAUAUUUAUUAAAGCCUUAGGUGAUUAGUGGGCCGAUACAUGCUGUCUGCUCUAAGUAUUACAAUAAUGUUGCCUUUUGAACAAUUUAAGCAAUCCCAGGUUAUGUGCCAAUGUUUGCUGAGAUGUUAUUAAAUCC